AUGUCUAAUAAAAAAGAAAUAUUAAAUAUCUUUAAUAAUUUAUCUGAUUGUGUUGUUCAAAACUUUAAAACUUGCUCCACAAAUACUUCACAGUCACCACAACUUUAUUCUUCUAACAAUAAUACGUCACAAGAUUUCAUGAAUGAAAUUAUUGAAAAAUUAUGCAACUUAUGUAUAGAAGAAGAAAAAAAAGGGAAUCUUGCUACUUCAAUUCUUAAUUCAAUAGAAAAUUAUUUAUUAAAUGAACGAUUAGAACCAAAUUAUAUAAUAAAACUUU